UAUACGUAAUGAAAGCUGACGUCGAUUGUCCGUCGGCCGUCCGCGUUCGUGACGUCACAACCCCACCAAAACGAAGGACUGGCGCGCUCGAACCGGAAGCGGGGUGCAAUCCUUCGCGGUAAAAGCAUUCCGAGCGCUCAAAUAUCGGAGGCGCAGUCGUGCUGCGCGCUCUUACUUCGACAGCAGCAAAAGCGGAUGCGACUUGACCGACGCCGACCGCGACGCCGCGGAUCCGUUCGGUCGGUUGCGAGCACGAAGAUGAGCCGCCGGGUCAGAUGGUCGCACCUGCCGGGCGCGUGCCCGUGAGCGGGAAUGGGGCUGCGCGUGCGCGCCGCUCUUUGAGCUCGGACGCAGCGCGGACUCCGGUCCGGAAGAGUCUUUGUGGCUGAGCCGGAUCGCGGCGGAACUGGACGCCCGGCACGCGCGCGUGCCCGAGCGGGAGCUGCGCGCGCUCCUGUUCCGCGCGGCCCGUACGGAGCCGCACUUUCCCGCCACGCCGUUCCGGGAGGAGAUGCGCGCGGCCGGCGACCACGCGCGUUCCGAGAGGUCGGACGAACGGCGCCGCUUGCCCCGAUGCUCGUCCCCGCCGGGAGACCCCUGCCCGCGCGUCUUCCGCAAGAUGGCCGCCCUCGGCCCGCAGGUGGUGGCGUCCGAUUGCCAUCGGGGGAUCUCGGGGUCUGAGUUUUACCGUCCCAGGCCGGCCCCCUUCUUCAACCGCAGCUUCGAGGCGGCGUACGGAAACCCGUAUCGGGCGCCGCCCCUCCACGAGCGGCGCCGCGUCAAGCACGAAAGUCUGGACGACCUCCAGGCGUCCACGUACUUCGGGCCCACCACCGUGAGCGCCAGCGUGGGUGGCGGGAAGGCGAGCGCCGGCCACGGCGGGACGCGGGCGGCGCGGCCCGCCGACAGCCUCAGCUUCAACGUGGAGGACGAGCGACUUAACUUCCACCGCAACGGCGAGAGCCGCUUCCGUAGCCCCCGGCGGGCGGCGGAGGCGGCCGCGCCGUCGCCUCACCCCGGCGGCCUCAAAGCCGGGGAAUCGGCCCGACGUUUGCGGGUCAGGCGCACCGACGGCCCGUCUUUCCGCGAGGCCUCGGCGAGCGUGGGGACCCUGGCGGAGGGCGGUGUGAAGAAGGGGCCGGCGGGGACGGCGCGCGCCGCCUUCAAGGCCUCGGACCAGGACUCGGAGCUGAUCGCCGACGACAUCAGCGACAUCUUCCGCUUCCUGGAUGAGAUGAGCGUGUGCGACUCGCUGGGCGCGGCGCCGUCGUCCCGCUACGACAGCGGCCCCUCGCUCGGGUCCGACAGCGGCGACAGUUUGCCGGAGCGCGCCACGGUCCGGCUGGCCCGCUCGCAGCCGGACCGCCUCCUGCGCUCGCUGGACAGCGCCGACGGCGAGCUGAAGGUGAGCGUCGGCGAGCUGGUGGCCAGGAUGGGCGACAUCGAGAAGAAGUUGGAGUCGCUGUCGGGCGUCCGCGGCGAGAUCUCGCAGGUCCUCCGUAAGCUCAACAAGCUGGACCAGAAGAUCCGGGAGCCGGACGCCGCAGACGGCGGCGCUAGGCACCGGGACGCGCCCGAGUCCUCCCCGCCGGAAGCCUCGCGCGGUGCCGCCGCCUCGCCGCACGCCUUCCGCUGCCGCACGCUCCCCGCCGCCGACGGUCCGAGGGUGGAGGCGCCGAAGAAGACCGGGUUCACCCGGAGGUCGUCGCGCUCGCUCGACGACGACGCGGGCGCCGCGUCCCCGCCGCCCGGGAACUGGAGGACGCGGUCGUACUUGUGCCGUCGCGACGACGGCAACACGGGAGACGGAAUGUGUUGCGCCAAUCAGGCAUCGGCGCGAGCGCGUCAAUACGGCUUCCCCCCGACGCCGCGCCCCCCCAAGGCGGCCGCCGCGUCGUACGUGCCGGACCGCCGCUCGAGGCCGCCGCCCCACGCCGACGGAAGCCCGCUCUAUUCCAACGUGCGGAUGGCCGCGCCAUCUCGGAAGGCGGAGCGGUACAAACCCAAAGCGGGAGACGACGCCAUCGACGUACAGGCAGAGUGUGUGCCUGCAAGUAACAAGCUCGCCUUCUGGUUGGAGGACGUUUACACGCCGGGAUACGAUUCGCUGCUAAAGCGUCGGGAGGCCGACUUCCGCAGAGCCAAAGCGUGCAAGAUGGCCGCUCUGAUCGCCGCCACGUUCAGCGUCAUCCUGGUCAUCGUGGUGCCCAUCUGCACCAUGAAGACGUGAGCUAGCCCGUGCUACCAGGAAGUAGUCAUCUACUCCACAAAGACGUGAGCUAGCCGGCUAGCUGAUGCUUACAGGAAGUAGCCGGCUGCACCAUGAAGACGUGAGCUAGCUAAUGCUAAUAGGAAGUAGCCAGCUAGACCGCAAAGCCGUGAGCUAGCCAACUAGCUGAUGCUAACAGGACAUAGUCAUCCACACCUUGAAGACAUUAGCUAGCUGAUGCUAACAGGAAGUAGCCGGCUGCACCAUGAAAAUGUGAGCUAGCUAAUGCUAAUAGAAAGUAGCCAGCUACACCGCAAAGACGUGAGCUAGCUGAUGCUAACAGGACAUCUGCACCUUGAAGACAUUAGCUAGCUGAUGCUAAUAGGAAGUAGCUGGCUGCCCCAUGAAGACGUGAGCUAGCUAAUGCUAAUAGGAAGUAGCCAGUUACACCGCAGAGACAUGAGCUAGCCAACUGGCUGGUACUAACAGGACAUAGUCAUCCGCACCUUGAAGACAUUAGCUAGCUGAUGCUAACAGGAAGUAGCCAGCUGCACCCAAAGACAUGAGCUAGCCAGCUAGCUGAUGCUAACAGGAAGUAGCCAGCUGGACCACAAAGACGUGAGCUAGCCAGCUAGCUGAUGCUAACAGGAAGUAGCCAGCUGCACCGCAAAGACCUGAGCUAGCCGGCUAGCUGAUCCUAACAGGGAUUAGCGAUCAACACCUUGAAGAUGUUAAUUAGCUGAUGCUAACAGGAAGUAGCUAUCCAUAGCGUGAAGACGUGAGCUAGCCGGUUAGCUGAUGCCAACAGGAAGUAGCUAACUACACCGCAAAUUUGUGAGCUAGGCGGUUAGCUGAUGCUAACAGGAAGUCGAUUAGCUGUCAAUCAAGGACAUGUGUAGCAGUGUAGCGUUACACAUAGCCUGGGACUCUGAUCAUGUGGAACAUACUGUACUUGACUCCGCCUCUCAGAGGGCCACGUGGAGAGGGUGGCUUCUGAUUGGGCGAAACUGAAUGUCAUAUUUACUGCACACGAACGUCCUAAUAAGACAACGUGACAAGAAAGAAAUGUCCGAACCUUCCUAUUAACCCUAACCGUUGUUUAAAACCUUAAUGCUGCCUUGAGACCCAAAUUUGAAAUCUGCGCCCGGGCUUGAAACCCCAACAAGAGUUCGUGCUUCAAGAUGCAAUGAAGGAUUCGGGUUUUACCACAGCAUUUGGAACUUCACGUCACCUCUCAGAGGGGAGAGGGGGGGGAAAGGUAUCCAUUUAUUUAUUUUUGGGCGGUGGGCGCGUAACGGACGUGUUUGAAGUCCUACUUUCAAAAAGUCAUGGAUGAGUUUCAAUUUUUGCCCAUAAUGGUAAAGACAAUCAAGCGCUAGAUACACAAAGUUCACGGCAAACUUGCUUGCGCGGGCAAACAAAUCAAACAAUGAUUACGAAGUAGCUUUUUGUUGAUAAAUCCCAUUGACGGUACAAAUGGUGGCGGCCCGCUAAGUUACACUUCUUGCCUCGCGGUAAAGACAUCAAAGCGUCAUGAAAGUCACAAUUUCCAUGCGUUGCCCUCCAAACUCUGCGGACGCAAGUGCAUGAACGGUUUCAACGACUUAUUCAAGCCAUGACACUCUUGUCUUUCUACAAUCGUAAGAACGGUAAAGACCGAAAUAACGGCAUUUCUUUUUUGCUGCCUGCUAUUGUGGAAAUAUAAAAUGGCUGCCACAUGACCGAUCCCGCUGAGCGCGAGUGACAUUUGGAAAAGAAGCACCAAAAAAAACAACUCUUAACUGGACACAGAAGAAACUCACUAACCCUCCACAAAUCAUCAAACUUCAUUACGGUAAAAGGAAUUUUGGCAUUGAAAGGCUGGAAAACAUCAUAACAACUGCUAAUAAUAAUGCAAAUAGUCAAAUGAAUUGAUUAUUAUUUUUUUUAUGUCUAGCGACUUCAUUGAUCAAAUGAUAUGAAAAUGAAGACAGAAGAAUUGUACACGUGACCUUGACGGAAUGUUCCACAAUAAAACUUUGUUGCGGCAUUGUCAUGACAACAA